AUGUUCAAGACAGCCGCAACUCGAAUUGCGCAUAACUCUGUUAUACCAGCAUUAGGUGGCAACAAAGACCUCAGGCCCUUACAGGAUCUGAUCACAGCGGAGAAGGCCAUUGUUCAAUCUCUCGUAAAGCUGAGCGGGGAUUUUACAAAGGCGUCGGAAGCGUUGAGAAACUGGGGCCUCGGUGAAGGCGAGGACUUGGGUGAUACGCUAAGCUGCUCCACUACCAUCCUCUCUCACUUCUCCUCCGCUAUCUCAAAAUUCGCCUCCCAUGAGCAGAGCAUUCGCGACCACAUGAAAUCCGUACGGACCGGCGAAGAAAGCUUGGACGAACUCAAGCGCCGACGUAAGACCGUCGCCUCCAAAGCGGAUUCGGCCGAGCGAAAACUCCACAAGAUGAACCCGGAGCACAAAAACCUGCAAGCACAGACUGAUCUGCUCAAUCAGCUGCGAGAUGAGAUCAGGAGCUUGGACUCGCAAAUAAUGACCGACGAAGCCAAGCUCGGGGAUCUGAAACGUUCAGCUACAAAAUCAUGGAUGACUUUGAAAUUUGGAGGGAUAGAGGAGCUCUCUAGGAAAGGCGUUAUCAUCGGCGAGGCCGGAAAGCUCUUGAUCUCAGAAAUUCCUCAAGAUCUGACACAGCCCGGUGGACCGCGGUCAUAUUACAGCGGCAAUCAGACCACAGAAAAGUAUGUUGCUGAAGCACAGCAAGCGCUAUCACAGAUCGUUUUCAACGGUUACCCGCCCUCUGAUCGACUCCCUGAGAAUGCCUCGAACGAAUAUCGCCUGCCGCACCCAACAGAUGCGCCACAAGAUAAUUCCAGCUUCAUGGGGAUGUAUAUGACUAUGCCCGAGCCGGAUCGUUUCAACCCUGGCAAUGCGUCGGGCCUUCAGGUCAAUGAACUCGGGGCGCUUUCUUCCCAAGGAGAUGUGUCUCACUCACAGACGUUAUCGUCGCUACCUUUGCUUUCCGAGAACGGCGAUUCCCCCAGCAGCCUAGAUGUCUCUGCUGUCCGAGGCGGCGGUGGCCAAUUUGCGACUUUCCCUGUGAGAGGCGGGCGACCGGGCAUGCUGGCGUCCCCACUCAGUGAGGGAGAUGAAAGGGAUAUGAACCAGAGCUUCUCGAGCUCAGUUGCUGAGGCUCUUGGCAGCCCGCGUAUUGACACGAGCGAGAAGGCACCUAGUGCUCAUUUACCGCUGGAACCCGAGGGACCUGCGCCAUCGUACGACCUCGUCGCUCCUCCGUUCUCGCAAGACUAUGCGCCUCCCGCUGGCCCGCCGCCCGGUGCAGCUCCUCCCGCUAUUCAGGGUCUAUCCUAUGGCGAGUACAGCCAGCAGAAGGUAAACGAAGAUCAGGAGGAUAGUCAGUUGCCGUGGAUGGAGCCUUCGAAGGCCGAGCGGAGAUUGAGAUUUGCGUCGCGCCCUGUCGAGUUGAAGACCCCUCAGCGACAAUCAUUCGCAAAUGGCCUAGACAUCGCAUCCGGAUCGCCCUUACCAUCUCCCGAGCCAUCAGGGCAGCAUAGGCCUGCGUCCCCUCCAAUGGCACCAACCCUUGAUCCAGAUGAAGAGAAGGCUUUGAACGCUGCAGCGGCCCGUGAAGUUUCGCGAGAACUGGAUGCCCUCACUUUCAGUCCUCCACAUCCGCCUGCUCUUCCAAGCCCCUCUGCCCAGCCUACUCCUUCAAGUCCAUCGCACCCUCUUCCUCCUCCGCCACCGCCGCUUGCCACUGCGUCAAUGAAUGUUCCCAGCCCUAGCUCUCCUCGACAGACUGACUCGCCUUCCCACCCUACAUCGCCCUUCACCCGUAACCGCGACCGUGAGGGCAUUUCGCCUACACCCAGGAGUCCCGUCGAACCUCUGGCUCCUCGCCGCUCAUCCUCUCCCAAUGUUCCUUCGCCAAACCUACCUUCCUCGCCGAUAGAUGCACCUCAGCAGCCACCGCCGUCUAUCUCCCUUCCACCUCCAGUCCCUAUGUCGUCUCCUCAGUCUGAUUCUAACUUCGCAACGCCCCAGCCCUAUCGCACGCCUCCAGAAUACCCCGCCGUCGGCUUGGGUACCUCGCCAUCAACUUCGCCUAAAUCGUCCUUCUCCAGGCCACACGUCACUCCACCUCCGCCCCCUCCUUCUGGGGUGCGCACUAUCUCUGCCGCAGCAUUCCGCCGUCCUCAGAAUCGUGUCCCAUCAGAAGGAUCUUUUUCCGCGGGAUCAGUACCAUCGGCCGCUGAAACAAGCCCUCUCAGCUUCAAAAAGCGCGGCUUGCCUAGCUCACCAUACGCGCUACGCCCUGGUGGGCACGGGUCGUCUGCGUCCCUUAGCCAGUCGCAGCCGCUCUCCGUUUCUCCCGCGCAGACACAGAGUCCGCCUGCGGUCGCGGAGGAUGACCAGUUUGAUUACAUCUCAGCGUACGCGAACGAAAUCGACGAUCACCAGCCAAGCAAAGGGGAGGGGUUUGCCAGCGGCCGAUACGCGACAAAUUUGGAGACCAGCGAGCUGCGAUGACUGUAUUCCUCCUAAUGUGUAGCAUCUUCGGCCUUGGCGGAACCUUGUGCUGUUGUAGUAUAUGGAGGCCGGAUAAGUGGCGUACUAUGUUGUAUCUUCUGUCACAUCAUGAUACUAUGCUAGGAUCUUGGUAUUCCACUCAUUUCUUUACGAUCAUUCAAAUGAAAGUAUGCCUUCGGGCAACCGCC